AUGAAAUGUGUAUUUCUGGCCGAUAAACAUUUUCUUGUAUCCAGUGCAAUUCUUCUUGCAAAUGUCUAUUCAUCUUUAGAUGAACAUCAACAAGGAAGAGAUUUUCGAUCAAAUCAAAUACGAGAAUUAAAAGAAAAAGUUAAAGAAGGAUUAUCGUGGACUGAAGUCAAUGGAGAAAUAGUGCAAUUCACGGCUCAUGAUCAUUCUCAUCCAAGAUCAUCAGAAAUUUAUGAUGAACUCGAUCGAUUAUCUGCUGAAUUAAUUGAACAUGGUUAUAAAUUUGACUCAACGAUUGCAUUUAACUUCAUUCAACGACCUAUUCCAUCAAUUACUCAAGUCACAAAGAAUCUUCGUAUUUGUGGCGACUGUCAAGUAGCUACGAAAUUAAUCGCAAAAAUUCGACAACGUAAUAUAAUUAUUCGUGAUGCUAGUCGUAUUCAUCAUUUCCAUUCGAAUGGAAACUGUUUAUGUCAAGGUCAUUUUUGA